AUGCUUUCCCGUUCAAUUAGAGCUAGUAGUAAGUCCCCACUCUUUUUUGCUUAUUUGCCAAGACUCGUUUCCGGUUUAAUUUCUCGUGCAAAUUAUACGAGUUUGAGAGAUGGUGUGUCUUUGAGAAGUGGUUUGACAAGUAAUCUAAAUGCGAUGAGAUUUCAGAGCAAUUCUUCAAAACCAAAUGACUCGGAGAAAUUGUUAAUUGAAUUCACAUGUAAUGUUUGUAAUGACAGGUCUAAACACUCCAUGUCUAAGCAAGCAUACGAGCAUGGUACGGUAUUAAUUGAGUGUCCCUCGUGCCACAAUAGGCAUUUAAUUGCUGAUAAUCUCGGAUUUAUUAGAGAUGACAAGUUCAAUUUAAAAGAUUAUUUGGAAAGUGAGGGACAAUCGUUUAAAUCAAAUGUGUUGGAGAUUGAUGAAAUUCCUCAAAAUUUAGAGCAUAGCACAGGUUCAACCGCUGAUGAGCAUAGACCAAAACAAGAAAAGAUUGUAGACCUUGAAUCUUCAAAGCCAAAGAUUAUCAAGGACAAAAAGGAAUAA